GCUCAUUGGUGGGGAAGUCAUCCACGACAUUAAACCACAGAGAAGGCUGGAAGAUCAAGUUCUUCUCCUUUAAAUACAUGUUGUCAACCCAGCCUAGCACAGUGGAGUCCAAAGGUUCUAGCUUUCUGACAGAAGACUACACUACAUCCUCAUGUCUGGGGCAAUCCAGGAAUAAAGAAAACAGCAUAGAACAACCUGCUCAGCUGUUUUUAUAAUCCUAGCAACUUUUUGAAUUUUGUUGUCGGACAGAUAGUAACUGCCAAUAUGACCCCUACAAACGUCACUAAGGAGCUUGCCACUGGAUCCAUAGUUGGUAUUUCAAUCCUUUCACUUGCCUUUAUUAUUGGAAUUCCAGGAAAUGCCUUCGUCAUCUGGACUGUGUUGGCCUGUAUGAAGAAAAAGACUGUCGCCUGCGCUCUCAUAUUACAUUUAGCUAUUGCAGACUUCUUUGUCAUCCUCACAGCACCAUUGUUUAUCCAUUUUCUAGCUACAGGUAGCUGGACAUUUGGGACUAUAAUCUGUAAAUUGUGCCAUUACGUCAGCUGUUUAAGUAUGUACGCCAGCAUUCUCCUCAUCACUUCAAUGAGUAUAGACCGAUUUCUUGCCGUCUCACAACCAUUUUCUUUUCUGGCCAUGAGGACUAAAUAUAUAUAUAAUAUAGUUUUUGUAAUAUGGUUACUAGCAUCUCUCCUAGCCAUUCCCAUGCCAUUUUACCGGGAAAUGUUGCACUAUGAAAAUAAGUUGCUGUGUAUUCCUUAUCAUAGUUCUACUGGACAUGCGAUCUUUCAAUAUCUCUUUGAGUUUAUAACAGGUUUUGUGUUUCCAUUCUCCAUCAUCAUAUCCUGCUAUGUCUACAUUGGAUUAAGGUUACGUACUGCUAAAUUUAAGACCAAACCCAGGACAAGCCGUUUGGUCAUUAUGAUUGUAGUGACUUUUGCACUCUUCUGGCUUCCAUACCAAGUUGUGAAUAUAUUGCAAGUUUCAGGGCAACUAUUCUCAUCAGACAAACUUAUAAAAGCAGCCAAAGAUGCAAGACCUAAUGCUACAGCAUUUGCAUUUAUAAGUAGCAGUGUUAACCCUAUUAUAUAUGUAUUUGCUGGUAGUAACUUCAUAAAGACUGCCGGAGCAGAAUUCAUGGCCAAGCUCUUUGAAGGUGUUGGCUCGGAUUCCAAUACUUUACACAAGGUCCCCCAUAUAUUCUGGCAGAAGAGUCAAGAUGAAUCAGCGGAAGUGGUCUAUGUGAAUAAAUGACAUUUUUGUUUUGCUUAGAUGAGUGUGAUAUUUUCUUUAUCCAAAUAAAAAGGUAUGCCUUUA